AUGGAAAUCGAUAAUUCACCUUCUGUAGUAGUAUCGAACCAAGUUAGAAAACGAGAAAAUUUCGAUGAUGUUAGUUUUGUUGAUGAUGAUGACCUUCAACAAGCUUUAGCUAGGGCGAGAAAAAUGGCAACAAAAAAAGUUGCAAAGACAAAUGUUGAAGAAAUUGCCAGAACUUUGACAGAAUUUGAUGAAGAGCCUAAUGAAGAUGAUGAGAUGCCUGGCGAAGGAUUAGUUAUUUCUGAUACAUCAGAAUUUGUUAGAUCGCUUAUCGUUGCUCCAACAAUAACCAAACCUAUCGAGGCUGAACCAAAACCAGAUCAACCAGUACAACUAGAGCCGGUAGAGGAAGAGAAAGAAGACGGUGAAGCUGAUGACGUUGAAAUGGAUGAAGUUGUUGAAGAGGAGAAAAAGGGUGGUUGGAAAGAAGCAGGCAAUGUGGAGGACAGUGAUAUGGCUAAUAUUCAAGAUGAACCAAAAUUGACCGGUGUAGUUGAAGAAGAACCUCUCGUUAGUAGUGGGAUGGCGGCGACAUUGGCCCUUUUACAACAGAAAGGAUAUCGCGGUGGUGGUGGUCGAGAUAGUGAAACCAGUUAUCGAGAUCGUGAGCACUUGCGAGAAAUGGAAGCAAGGUUCAGAGAUUAUAAACCAGAUAUUAAUUUGGAAUAUGUUGAUGAGUUUGGUAACCAAUUAACGCCAAAAGAAGCUUUCCGACAGCUGUCUCACAAAUUUCAUGGAAAGUCUUCAGGAAAAGCCAAGACUGAGAAGCGUCUCAAGAAGCUUGAGGAAGAACGUAAACUUAAAGCCAUGAGUAGUAUUGAUACACCUUUGAAUAUGGCCACAGCUUUGCAAGAAAGACAAAAGGCUAGCGGAAGUGCACAUGUUGUAUUGUCUGUUGGUAAUCGAGCGGUGGUUCCUCCAAGCAUGGUAAAUAACAAUGGAAAAUCCUCAGGGUCUUCCAAGGCGCAAGGGACUACCUCAAUUAAUAGUCCAAGUAUUAUUACAGUUAAUGGCGGAUUGACGGGUCAAAGUAUGAAUGCUCCUGAAAGAGAAAAGGUAAUGUUUGGAUUGAAGCGAAAGGCUGAACAAGAUUUAGAGAAGCCACCCAAGAAAUCCAAGGAUCAGUAA